CGAUAAUAAUGACAAUCGAUCCUUUUCUGCUGUCUUUUGACUGGCAACAACUCCAGUUCUAAAUCGGAAAGGACUAUUGAAGAACACAUCAAACAAGUGCAAAAUGGCGGGUAAAAUUAAUGUUUUAGUCGUUGGUAACGGAGGCCGUGAACAUGCUUUGGCAUGGAAGCUUUCACAGUCACCCCUAGCGGGAGAGAUCUUCGUUGCACCUGGCAAUGGAGGAACUGAAACAAUGAAGAACGUUACCUCUGUUCCAAUUGGCUCUUCCCCAGAACAUUUCCCGGAACUUGUCAAGUUUGCAGUUGAACAGAGUGUCGCAUUAGUUGUUCCAGGCCCAGAACAACCAUUAGUCGACGGUAUUUCCGAUGCCUUCAAAGCUGUCGGGAUUCCAGUCUUUGGCCCAUCAGCAUCAGCUGCACGCAUGGAAGGCUCUAAGGCUUUUUCAAAGGACUUCAUGAAGAAGUGUGACAUUCCUACCGCAAGCUACGAAAAUUUUACCGAUUACGAAAAGGCCAAGGCCUAUGUCUUGAGCGCAAAGACAAGACUCGUCAUCAAAGCAUCCGGUAUUGCCGCAGGCAAGGGUGUUUUGAUUCCGGAAACCACUGAAGAGGCGCUAGAUGCAAUCAAGGAAAUCAUGGUUGACAGGGCUUUUGGCGAUGCCGGAAAUGAGGUUGUCAUCGAAGAGUACUUGGAAGGUGACGAGUUGUCCAUUCUAUGUGUAAGUGACGGCUACUCCUACGUCUAUUUCCCACCUGCCCAAGACCACAAGAGAAUUGGCGAUGGUGACACUGGAUUGAACACUGGUGGUAUGGGUGCGUAUGCCCCUGCAACUAUAGCAACUCGUUCAUUGCUUUCCAAAAUUGAAACCACUGUUUUGAAGCCAUCCAUUGAUGGUAUGAGAAAGGAAGGAUACCCAUUUGUCGGUUGUCUGUUUGUUGGUAUCAUGGUAACACCUUCCGGCGAGCCAAAAGUUUUAGAAUACAAUGUUAGAUUUGGUGACCCAGAGACACAAACCGUUCUUCCGUUGUUAAAGAGCGAUUUGUUGGAACUUUUCCUUGCAACCGUUGAGCACAGACUUGAUUCUGUUGCUUUCGAAAUCUAUUCUGGCAAAUCUGCCACCACGGUGGUAAUGGCUGCAGGGGGUUACCCUGAGAGCUACAAGAAGGGAGAUGAGAUCACCAUUGACUCUGCAUCCCUUGCUGAUGACACCUUCAUUUUCCAAGCAGGUACUAAGUUGAGCAACGGUAAGGUUGUGACGGCUGGAGGCAGAGUCAUUGCUGCCACUGCUAUUGCCGACUCUUUGGAGGACGCAGUGAAGAAGGCAUAUGUCGGUGUUGAUCACGUCUCCUUCAACGGUAAGUACAACAGAAAAGACAUUGCCUACAGAGCGUUCAAAGACGCUGGCAAGAGCAAAAAGAUUAGUGUCACAUACGAAGAUGCUGGUGUCAGUGUUGACGCUGGUAACCAGUUGGUUGAAAACAUCAAGAAGAUGGUGAAAGCCACCGCUAGACCGGGUGCAGAUUCCGAAAUCGGUGGUUUCGGUGGUCUCUUCGAGUUAAAGAAGGCUGGUUUUGACGACAUCGACGAAACCAUAUUGGUUGCCGCCACCGAUGGUGUCGGAACCAAGCUUAGAGUUGCCCAGAUAAUGGACAUCCACAACACUGUUGGUAUAGACCUCGUGGCAAUGAACGUCAACGAUUUGGUCGUCCAGGGUGCUGAGCCGUUAAUGUUCUUGGACUACUUUGCCACUGGCCACUUGGACAUCAACGUUGCCGCACAGUUUGUGGAAGGUGUUGCCAACGGCUGUAAGCUUGCCGGAUGUGCGUUAGUCGGAGGAGAGACGAGUGAGAUGCCUGGUAUGUACGAAGCAGGCCACUACGACACAAACGGUACUGCUGUGGGUGCGGUGCUCAAGAAGGAGAUUUUGCCGAAGUUUGACGAGAUGAAGGCUGGCGACGUUUUGCUUGGCCUUGCCUCCGAUGGGGUUCACUCUAAUGGCUUCUCCUUGAUCAGAAAGAUCAUCUCUUCCACGGAAUACGAAUACACCGACAAGGCCCCAUGGAACCCAAGCCGGACGAUCGGCGAGGAAGUGCUCGUUCCUACGCGGAUAUACGUGAAGCAGCUUCUCCCUUCGACAAAGCAGAACCUUAUCCUCGGCUUGUCGCACAUCACAGGCGGUGGUCUCGUCGAGAACGUGCCUAGAGCGCUUCCAAAACAUCUUGCCGCCACGAUCGACAUCAGCAGGUGGGAGGUUCCUGCCAUCUUCAAAUGGCUUGGAAAGCAAGGCGGUGUGCCGAUUGAAGACAUUCUCAAGACCCUCAACCUCGGUGUCGGAAUGGUCGUCAUCGUAAAGGCCGAAAACGUCGAGCAAGUGACUGCCAAUCUCGAGCAUGCCGGAGAAACCGUCUACCGGAUCGGCGAGCUUGUGCAGCGCAAGGACGGCGCCCCAGGCUGCGUCGUCCACAACGCAGAGAACCUCUACUAGAGGCAGAGGCCCCUUCUGCUACCCGUAUACCAUUACACGUGUGAAAUGAUACAACAAAAAGAACGUCGCAGCACGUCACCUUGGUGAUCUUUGUUUAUGGCAAGAUUACAUGGAUUUCUAAAUAACAUGGUCGUUAGAUAUCAAUAAUAAUCGUUAAGCUACCCUUAAAAAUAUCUUUGGAUGGCGCUAUGCUGUAUUGUGCGGUUUCAGUAUCGAUUGUAGUUUCUCAGAUAGCCUAGCUGCAAACUUUUCAUCCAUUUAUCCACUGUACCUUAGCCGUGGAGGUGGCUUUGCGUUCCAUCUACGGUGUCGGCAACCUCCCUUUUCUUUUCAGAC